AUGGAUGGGACUGUUGAUAACUUGGAGAAAUCGCAACAGAACGAGCUUGCUCUGUACGCAAGUAUUGACGAAAACACUGAACCAAAUCUACAUCUCACUCCGACCUAUGUGCUGGGUUUUCGGUCAUGUGGUCGUACAGUCAUCGAAUUUGUUAGUGAAAGCAGGGUGAUAUAUCCAGUGGCGCACCAUUUGGUCAUCUACAAUCUAGAAAAUCGAUCCAUGGAAUUCUUUUAUCAUGUUCAUCAUGUCAAGAGCGUCCAGUGCUUUCGGGUUUCGCCGAAUCUCGAGCUUUUAGCUGUAGCAGAAAUUUAUCAACAGGAUGUUGAAAAUUCGCUACAUAAAGCUAUAAGCCCGGUGAACGCAUCCUUACUACCAAUGUUGGCUUCGCAUGGGUCCGAUGUGACUUUAAGAAGUAUGCUUGGAAACCAAGAGAGUCAUGCAAUAGCAAUUUAUAAUUUGGGCACAAAGACUCGGGUAAAAACCAUACCUCUUUCUGUGAAAUCUAGUGUUGCUUCGUGCAGCUUUUCUGCCAACAACAAAUAUUUAGCGGUUCUUGAGGAUGCUCCAUACCACAAUCUAACCUACUGGAAAUUGAGUGAGCCAAAACUUGUGGCUUCUUGCAAAUGCCCAAGUCGUGGCACGCGAAUUUACAUUAGUCCAAAUAAUAACAGGUUCAUAUCAAUCUCAGGGCCAGCAUAUCUGAAGUAUUGGAUCAGGAGCAACAAGGACACUAAAUUGUCCAAUUUUGUAACCAAAGGCAAGGAUCAAGAACAAUACGUAGACCACACGUGGGUGAAAGAGCACAUGAUCGCUCUUGCGGAAUAUGGCCUAAUACUUUGCUUUCGUCUGACGGCUGAUGUACCUGAUCUCAUUCAUUCAUUCCGGUGUCACCAGCCUUCCCACGUACGUAUGGAAUGUGUCACGGGCCACGAAAAAGGCUUCGUACUUGGAGGCUCGGCAGGGUUUUUUGGUAUUUACGAGGCAUUGGAUGAUCCGAAAGACCCUUUUUCCCUCGUUCGUUCGGUGUCGGUCGGUGAUGUUGCAUUUGAAUGCAUAACGGUGUCACCCAGUACGGAAACAAUCAUAGCUUGCCUUAAAAAUCAAAGCUUGGUUACCGUUUCAAUGAAUGCUAUUGACAAUGGACAGGAAGACAGAUUUGAGUUUCGAGAGAUGUUUCGGCACGGUCACCAAGUUGGAUCCGUUGUACAAGUGGAUGUGUGCGUGCAGCGUUCGAUUAUUGCGACUUGUGGUACAGAUAAGACUGUUCGAGUUUGGAAUUUCGAGCUGAAAUACUAUGAGCUCUCUCAUCAUUGUCUUGAAGAACCGACCGCUAUUGCGUUACAUCCAUCCGGAUUUAUUCUGGUCGUUGCAUUUAAGGAGCGCGUGCGUGUUUAUCAGAUCUUGCAUGAUAGUCUGAGCCAACUUAAAGAGCUGAGUUUCAAGGCCUGUCGCUUCAUUCGAUACGCACAUGGUGGUCAUCUGUUUGCUUGUGCAUCUGGUCUUACGGUCAUAGUUUUACACGCUUACUCAUUGGACAUUGUCCACGUACUUUCUGGUCAUGUUGGCGCUGUACGGUGUUUAGAUUGGAGCUGGGACGAUAAGCACCUCUUUUCGGCAGCUCAUGAUGGCGCUAUCUACCGCUGGGAUACGAGUACGGGAUCACGAAGCGAAGAAAUGCAGCACAUUGCAAAGCAGUGUCAUUAUGCCGCAUUUGUCGUGGGAACUGAACCUAGUAUUGUGGUCGCUUCUGGAACCGAUGGGAAGAUCCGUGAGGUUGUCGCAAGGGAGGAGUCAAGAAGUUUUGAUCUGCCUACUGGGGUGGUAAUUACAUCUAUGGCGUUAACAAAAGAUUGUCAGCGGCUUUUUGUCGGUACGAAGGCAGGAUACAUAGAAGUUUAUACGUGGCCGAUACGCAACAAAAGCGUCGCUAAGUAUUACGCCCAUGCAGAAGGAAUUUUGCAUCUUCGCGUGACAGACGACAAUGAACAACUCAUAACAUGCGCAGAGGAUGGCAGUGUGUGCAUUUUUUACAUUUUGAGGAGUGGCUUGCAACGUCAAAAACACAUCGGAAUAUCUUUUGCUAAGCCAGAGUCAUCGUCAGUUUUAAUUGAGCGUAGAAAGGCCGGCGGAUCCUACACUGAUGCUGUAUUGAUAGCCCGCGAAGAUCUCGAAGAACGGCGCAUUAAGGUGUUGGAGUGGCAACAACGGUACGACAAAGCAACAGCAGACAUUGAGUUUGCACUACAUCGGAAAGAAAAUGAAUGGAUUAAUCGGUUGCAUGUGCUGAAAGAGGAGUCUGAGCAUCUUGUUAUUCAGGAAAGAGUGCGUUUUGAAGAACUAGAAGCAUGCCAUCAGCUUGCAACGCGAAAGCAUAAUGAAGAGCUCAAAAAAGUUGAAGCGCAUCACGUCAAGAUGAUGCAAGAAAUUGAAAAUCAAUAUGAGCGAAAGCUUGCUCAAGAGAUGGCUCGAUACGACACCUUAUCCGAGACGUUAGAAAAGACGCGGCAACGUUGUGAAUCACUUGUGGAGGCUCACGACAGUCAAAGUCGAGAUGUGUUGCAUGCAGAGCGAAUGACAGCCUAUACACGAGCAAAGGAGCAGAAUGACAUUAUCAAAAGGCUGCAUGAAGAUGUGAAAUACAACCACGAUAAAUUCAAAGAAGUUUUACAUCAAGAAGAGAUUGAUAACGAACACGAAGUGCAAAAGAUGCGAGCCGAAUUUGUUGAGCAGUUGGAAUCUGAGCGUCGGAAUACGGCAGUGAAACAAGGACAGGUAAGUGCUGCAAAUACGAAGCUUGAGUCUCUUCGGAAAAAAUUGCAGGAACAAAAGGCUUUGUCACAUGCUCGCGAUGUGCUUUUGACUACUGAGCAAGCGAAAUUAGUACGUCUGGAGGAAACAUUGACAAAUUACGAACAACAUUUCGAAGGUUGUCGCGCUCAGAGUCAUGACAAGGAUAGAACAAUUGAUGACCUGAGGUCGGAUAACCGCGUACUGACGAGUUUUCGUUCAGUUCUUUCUCAUCGCAUCGACGGUCUAGAAACCAAGCAGGCUCCGCUACAAAAACAUUUGCGCUUGAUGGAAGGGAAAAUAAGUGAGAUUCAACAUGAGCUGGCUGAUGAAUUUCUUUCUAAAUCAGACAAUCGGAAAGAAAUGGAGACUAAAGAUUCGAAACUUCGCACUUCAUUGCACGAGGUCAAGAUGCUACGUCAAGACUUGAUGCAGAAGAAUUAUUGUGUCGGCGCGAUGAAGCGCGAGUUCACACGUCUAGCUCAAAUCACGAACUACAAAGACCUGGAGAGUGCCGUUAAAGACGCUUACAAAGUACAUGUCAUGGGCGAAAUUUUGCAGAAAAAAAUGUCUCCCAAAACUUUCAUUAGUAAGGCGGCAAAGUCGCCUCAAAACCAGCAGUCGCCUAUCACUGGAACCUCAGUGUCCGACGAUGCACUGGGCUUCGACUGCAAGCAGUCGGUUGAUGAGUCUGCCAAGCAACUAGAGUAUAUGAGCCGCACCAUCCAGACUUUGCGAACAGCGCUGGAUCACGCAAAGACGCAGACUGAUCGUGUUCGACGCGAGUCAGUAGUAGAAGGAAACACGCUGAUAGACGAAUGCAACCGAUUACGAAUAGAGAAGAAGGAACUGCAAACUGAAAUUUGCGACCUUAAACAUACUUUGUACCUAACCGGCGGAUUCAGCAGCUUUGGUGAACGAUUGACCGAAUCGGAUGCCUCAAAGUUGCAGCUUAGUCAUUCGAGCCCAGAACUGCGGCUCACCUCUUUGUCGCAUUCGCCACAGCUUGGUCAUUCUUCAACUAGAGAUCAUUCUGCGAGCGUUGAAAAUUUACAAUCUGGACGAGCGACGCCAUCAAAGCAAGAGAGACUACAACGCACUCCGACUUGUGCAAGUAGUGUUUAUCCAAACCACAGCAAUCGAAGGUUGCUUCCGUUUAAACGCGUAGAGCGAAUUAGGCAAAAUGCAGCACAUGCUGAUAAUUUACUCAUUACCAUUGAGAAGCAGAAGCGUGACAUCCAACGCUUACAAAAGCAGAUCCAGUUGCUAUUAUCCGGGGCGGCUGACGUACCACUCAUCAAUCAUGAUGAAGAUGUGGCACGCUUGAUCCCGCUGCAUUCUUUCCCGCAUCCACAGACGAUAUCACAUUUUUAUGCGUCAAAAGAGGAAGCGAUGAUAAUCUCUCGGGCAGGAGUGCUGCGGUCGAUACCUCAAACGGAAUUUGAUACCGCUGCCGGUAGUGGGCCGCAAGGUCGACCACCAUCUGGUGCAAACGCUUUUUGA